UAUUCAAUAUCAAAAUUAUUACUCAAAAUAAUAAUUGAAUAAUAAAUCAUUGCAAAUCUAAGUUAAGGAGAAACAACAUAUAAUUAAGUACAAAUCAUGUUUUUCUUGUGGAUUUACUUGUACUGGGAGCAAAGUAACAGUCUGGCAUACAAUUUAGUCUUGUGACUUGAAAGUUGAGGGCAGUCAGUGCUUUAGAUUCAGGCUUUUAACAGGCAAUGAAGGAGAAGUAUCUGACAAAAUUAACCUAACUGGACUAUGGAGGAUGUGCUGCUUUAGUAGAGUUCUGCAUACAGAGAAGAAACUUCUCAUCAUACUUUUAGGAACAGACCACGUUUGUACUGCAUUUUCAAUUAUGUACUUUAUUAUCUAGGCAUUAGCACAUUCUCAGACCUGCUAGGUAAAGUUAUCAAACGAUAUUUUCACAAAAGAAGAGGAAACAGUAUAAGAAAAAACUUGACUCUUUUAAUGAUUCCUUACUCUUGUCACUGCAAGUGAAACUGAAGUGAAAUGAGUAUAUUUAAAAAGAAUGAAAAGUUGGGGUUCUGCAAUGUAAGAAGUAUUUAUUUUUUUGUGUGUGUGCCUGUGAAAAAGCAAUUUAGUACAGGCCUUCAUAUCCAGAUUGGUAGAAGUGAUUUAUCCAAGUAAAAUAUCCUUUCAGAAGAGAUAAAAAUAACAUUGUGUUGUCACAUUAUUCCACUAUUCUGUUUGAUAAAGUAAAAUGGGAUGUUACCUAUGAAUCAUUAACUUUGGGAAUAGGCAUUAAUUUGCUUUGUUGUCACAAAUUAUACUGACGUGAGAGAGGUCUCAAGAAUACCAAGUACUUCUAAGUUGUUAGUCACUGAAACUUAGUAGUGGUGGGGAAAACUAUUGAUUGUAAAGUAGGUAUGUGACUUACCUUGUUUAAAAUUUAAAGCUUCUUUCAAUUAAUCAAUGUAAAAGACUCAGAGAACUAAUGAAAUAAGUUCUGGUUAUAUUUCUAUUCAAAAACCCAAUUACUUUCUACCAAUAGCUGAGUAUGCUUAGGGUUAGAAAUAAUAUUUAGAGUUCCUGAAGUACUUGGUAUACUGAGGUCACAUUUUGCUUCUCAAACUGUUUAGCCAAAAAAGGCGAUAGUAAAGCUUUAGAGAUGUGGUACUUCCUUCCUCCCUGACUUGUUCAGUAUGAUUAAAACACACAAUUAUUAAAUUAAACUCAUAUUAAGUUACACGGGUGUUAAUAUUUGCUUUUUACUUCAGUGAGUCUGAGUAUAUAUCUAGAAGGCCAUAAGGUGCUUGCUGUUAUGGUUGCCUUUGCUAAAUCCUCUUCUUUCCAUAUGAAAUGUAAUCUUCUGUUGUCAUUUGGAAAUUGUACUUGUCUUUAAUCAUGUAUUUUGCAGUGCCAGGAUGUUCAGAUGUUGAUAUAGCGGUGCUGUAUCUGGUGUAAGGCUUUGUGAUAGUCUCUUAGCUUGUGUAGAAAGGCUGAGUAGGACCAGGGUGUUAAUGAGGCUUUUUGCAAUGUGCAAAUUAAAUUUUAUAAAUGCAUGUUGAAUAGAUCCAGUGGAACCAGUUUUUGAAGUAAAAUACAAACACUGCGCACUCAGGCUUCCUCCAUAAACAAAUGAUUGUGAUUCAUCCUGUAGUGUUUCAUGAACUGCACAUUUCCUGCUUAGUUGUCUGUUCAAUGAACAUGGGUUGGCUUGCAGAAUCUCCAUUUCAUAUAUAUAACAGGCAUUAAAAUGGUAUCAAAAAUAGUUUUCUAUUUUUGUUUCUUCUUUGAAGAUUCUUUGUAAGGGGAUGCUGAGAUUCUCAAGAGUGAACAGUUUGUUAAGCACAGGGGUGGAGUUGAUAAAACUGUAGCAGCAGAGGCAGAGAUGUGUAUUUUCAUAUUUGGCACCCGUGUUUCCUACUUGAUGGCAAUCUACAAAUAUUUACAUACUGCUAAAGUAAAUGAGUUAUUGUGGUAGCUGUUGCUAUUUCUUGCUUUGACAGGAGCGAGGCAACUCUCUGCCUCAGAGUUCACUCACAGACUCUACACGCAAGUGUGGAGUGUUGCAUAUGCAGCUUCUGCUGCAGCUGCCAUUUUGUCAUCUCAGAAGGAGUGUGUUCAGACCUCCUUCUCCUUUUUUGUUCCUACAUGUUACACUUUACAGUAUUAACUGAAAGUUGGAAAGGAGCAUUUCCAUUUGUCAUUUGUUUUUCAGUGUCAGUGUUUCAACAGUUUUUUGAGCUGCAUAUGUGUUGUAAGAUUUUCCCUAGGACCUGUGUCAUACAGAUCAUACAAGAACUUGUGUGUGUCAUACUUUGUUUCAUAGGAAGAGCUCAGAGGGCCCCAUGUACGAUAGUCAGUGUUGUGACAGGUAUUGCAUACACCAAAGUCAAGGCAGGGAAGGAGUAUUCUGGAUUUGAGGAAGAUGAAUGUGCUACCUGUCUCCCACUGAAGGUAUCCAUUUCUCUACAGUAGAGCUGGGACACUGAAUAGUCUGGAGAGCUGUCUGCCACUAAUGUUGACCAGGAAAGGUCACAUAGACCAUGAGGGAGCAGAUCCUAUUGAGGCACCAGCUCUAGGAAGAAGAGAGCUGAAGUUCUGCAUUCAUCCAGUGUGAUAUGGCAGGCCUGGUGGUCUAGGAACACUUUCUGCAUUUCAUUAAAUGCUAUAUAUGAAUUUGAUACUCUUAACAGGCAGUAUAACAGCUGGAUGAGCUCUCUUGCAUAGUAAUAGUAUUGUUUUAAAGCAAGCACCAGAUGUAGGGGCUUAUUGCCCACAGGCACUGAUCUGUACAGCUGCUAAUAUCAGCUUUCUGCUCUCUUGUUCUGUCUGUAGCACGAUUUUUCCUCUUGCUUCCUCAGACAUUAUCCACCUCAGCAAACUGGCGCCUCUGCACUCUGAGGGUGUCUUGUGGUGCUGAUGGUCCCAGUUAAGCUACAGUUAGAUUUGCCGCCUUCCCUUCCCAUGAUAUCUGGGUUUAUUUUCUGUGCUUUGUCAUAUCUAUAGAAAUCUUCCCUGAGCUGAUCAGAAAAAUCACUCACUGCUUCUGGGAUGUUCAUAACAAAAUUGUAAGUUGUUGGAUGACCACGAGUUUAACAGGAUAGGUGCUCAUUAGAGGUUUCAAAGUAAAAUGCUGACGAGCUGGAGAUACUGCAUUGCACCUGUUGUGUCUCUGUCUCUUCCUCAGUGCAAAGUCUGCGUCUGUGUAGGAGGUCAGAUUCUGGAGAACUUAGCUGUGAGUGCUUUGGAACAGUGAAUUGUCUUCCUGUCAUAUAACAACUGCCAAUGGUAAUGGCCCAUCAGGACCUUGGAGCAUUACUGCUGUAUAUUAAAUAAAAUAUAAACCAAAUAUAUCUUAAGGGAAUACAGUUAAUUUAAAUUUUCUGGUGCUUAUUAUGGGGGAUUCAGGAUUAUUUGUUGGAGUUCAUUUUGGGACAUGUUGAAAAAAACAUUUACAUUUGCACUCUUAAGAAAGUGUCUUGCACCGAUGAAUGAGGGUUCCUUUAAUCAUAUUAUUCUCACUCCAGUACUUAAGCAAAAAGCAUUUCAGAAGUAUUUCAUAGUUAAAAGCUUGGCUGGUCUGUCUUUCCUAUACUAGCCUUAAAAUUUCUCACUGUUUUUAGCAUUUCCUGUGAUACACAGGAAAGGUGAAGUAUAUUAGUACAGAGAAACUUGUAGCAUGUUCUAUAGAUUUAUUUUGAACCUGCUUGCCAUCAAACAUUUCUGUACUAGUGUUCCCACCUGGAACAGCAAUGCUAGCAAACAUUAUCUUUUUUUAAAACACCUGUAAAAGCUGUCAGAUUUUCUUUUUGUGAGUAAUGGAAGUGUAUGUAAAAAGCACAUUCACUGCCCAACAUGGUGGCAGUCUAAAUAGAACAAGAAACAAACCAGAAGGGGUGGGAAAGAGAGGACAUAUAUGUCUGUUCUUAGACAAGAAUUAAUAGAUGGGUUUGGUAUAUUUUUUCAGGAUUAGAUUUGUGAUUGCUUUUUGUUCUUGUUUUUUGUUUCUUUUACAGGUAUGUAGUUUUGACCUGAGAUGUGCCUUAGUUUAGGACCAAUCCAGCAUCCUCAGAGCAGUGAGAUGUCCAGACAAAAAGAAAUUUUAUCUAGUCCUUCUUUUGAGGAAAACAUAACAGAAAAGGAACACAGUAAGGUGUACAGCAGAUCUUGUGCUGACUGCCAGUUAGGAACAUCAUACUGUUAACAUUAAAACUGGGAUGACUUUGAUGAGCUUGUGGUGAGUAACAAUGAUGUUGUGCUCAAAAAUAUUGCUGAAGAUUUGCGGAAUCAUUUACCCAUCGAGGCAAUGUUUACUUCGGAACAUCAAGCUGUUCAGAAAAUACACCAGCAUCCACUGCCCAUGAUUCAUGUUGAUGCAUUCCUUUAUGAUGAUGAUGUUGUUGAUUCAUUGUGUGAGGAAGGGAAAAUGAGUAGGAGCUACUGCACAGAGUGUGGCUCAUACAAAACUGCAUCUUUAGAGUUUAUUUCGCAUUCCUUUUCCCUCAUGGAACUGAAGUUUCUUUAUCAACAUGUACUGCCUGACCUGACAGGAAAGGUAGUGGUUGACGUUGGCUCCAGGCUUGGUGCAGUGCUAUUUGCGGGUUAUCUUUAUAGCUCAGCAUCCCAGCUGUAUGGAGUAGAAAUGAAUGCAGACUUUUGCAAGUUGCAAGAACUUAUGAUUACAAAAUAUGAGUUCAUUGACAGAAUAAAGGUGGUUCAUGCAGACAUCUGUACUCAGGCUUCACUUCUUCAGAAGGCUGAUGUUGUUGUAAUGAAUAAUGUCUUUGAAUAUUUUCUUGACAGACAGGAACAGGUCAGAGCUUGGGAAUUUAUUGCUUGUAAUAUAAGGAAAAGAGGAUCGUUAUUAGUGACAGUUCCCAGUCUUCAAGAAUCACUUUCAAAGCUCCAGGCAGAUGUACAGCUCAGCCAAUGGGUCGAAGAGAUGCAGCUAAACUAUGAUGUGUAUAUGGAAAAGGAUGUUGACAGAGAAGCACUUGAACAGAUACAUUUAUACAAGAUUCUCUAGUACCUGGAAACAUUUACUAGUAUCCUUAUAAUAUCAUAUAUUUUGGGUCUAAAAUGAAUUUGGAUUGAUUUGUGUGAAUAAAUCAGGUCAAAAUUCAUAUUGUGAUUAAUCUGAGUCAUACACGUGGUUUGUAAUGAAAAAGAGUCUUUGGAAACAUGUUUUCUUAAGAAGGCAUUUAUCUCAACAGAGUAUUUUGACUUUUAACUAGGAGAUACGCUCAUGGUUUAAUUUUUGCAGAAACAGUAGAAAGAGUGGCUACAUACUGAUGCUAAAAGAAUUUUUCAUCACUAGCAUUGUGCACUGCCAAUGUUUGCUAAAUAUAUCAAACCUAAGAAUAGUACAUCGUUAUUGGUAUGAAUGAUAAGAAUGCAUUUAGCAUAAUGUUACUUAAAAGCUGUAGUGCUGUUUCAUUUUGGUAUAGACCAUUUAUUAUUAUCAGUAAUAAUAUUUACUGUCAGCAGUAUUAUCUUUAGUGUUCCUCCUAUGGAAUUUGUAGGUUUUCUUUCCAGGGUCUGCUUGGUAACCAGAGUGUCUGUUAUGAGAGAAGCAAGUUCAUCCAUUUAGUUAGUUGUCCUUAAGGUGGAUAUUAAUAUAAAAUACUAAAAGACACCAAGGAGCCAUUGAGAAUUAAUACAGCAAGUCUGGGACAAUGGAACUCUUCCACCUUCUGCACUUCUGCUGGGGAUGGUAGGAAGUGUAAUAAGGGGUUAAGAAGCUGAAAAUUCUGAACAGGUGUCAUGGCUUAGCAGAGGCUUGGUGAUGGCGUAAAACAUUGGAAAUUCGUAACAGAGCCUCCUCAGAGAGAAAAGAUCCACAUACGCCCACCACAUUUAUAUUUAGAUUUUACGUUCUAAGGAUGUGAAGCUUUUAGUCAGCUGAAGAAUGUUUCGGGUUUUAGCAAACAUUAACAAUCCAAGUGCAAAAAUAUUAACUUCAGGAGUUUUGGACUAAGUGUGUUGUGAAUUUAGAAGCACUGUUAAAAAGUUUGCUGCACAACUUCUAUCUAGUGUAAAUGGGAAAACAUUAAAUUGGAUUUCAAUCUUCAAAUGAUUUACAUGUCAGUGACCUUAAUAAUAUAUGCUGUAAGCAAAAAAGAUCAGUGGCCUUUAGGCACUCACUGACAUAGUAAGUAAAUGGCACUGUAGAUAGAAUAGUGAGUGGUAAGAAGUCUUAUUUUCAUGGUCUGUUUGGAGUGGAAGAGGAUGUUUUAACUUGAGUGAUACUGAACCACUGCCCAAAUACUAUGUUGAAUCUAUACUUCAUGCAUUUAAAAACGAACAAAGAUGGAAAGCUUUUCUUAAAA